AUAUGUCCAGUAGGGGGCAGCGAUGUUGCCUUACACGCCUCGAAGAGGGACGAAGAAGAUUGGUCCGAACAUGGCAGCACUUUUCAAAGCUCGGAAAGUGUGUUCGGCACUGGGCAUAGCUGUGGGCUGUGCCACUCGCUCCCUCACUCAGCUUGCAGCGCUGCCCGAGUUACAUCAGAUGCUGCGGCAGACGUGUCGCGACUACGCAGACAAGGAACUCGCCCCAAUUGCUGGACAGCUGGACAAAACCCACACCUUUCCAGCCAAGCAGAUCCGGGAGCUUGGAGCAAUGGGUGUGAUGGCGGUGGAGGUACCAGAGAGUCUUGGGGGUGCUGGAAUGGAUUACCUUGCCUACAGCCUGGCUGUUGAGGAGCUUAGCAGAGGCUGUGCGUCUACUGGGGUCAUCGUCAGUGUCAAUAAUUCAUUAUACCUGGGCCCAGUUCUGAAGUUUGGCACAGACGAACAGAAGAAACAGUGGAUAACACCCUUCACCACGGGGGAGAGGGUAGGGUGCUUUGCCCUGAGUGAGCCAGGAAAUGGCAGUGACGCGGGGGCGGCUUCCACGAUGGCACGGCAGGAGGGUGACUGUUGGGUGCUGAACGGGACCAAGGCCUGGAUCACCAACAGCUAUGAUGCGUCUGCCGCUGUCGUCUUAGCCACGACAGACAAGACCUUAAAACACAAGGGAAUCAGUGCAUUCCUGUUGCCUAUGCCUCAUCCAGGAUUAUCUCUGGGGAAGAGGGAGGAUAAGCUCGGAAUCAGAGCCUCCUCCACAGCCAACCUCAUUCUGGACGACUGCCGCAUCCCACAUGGCAACUUACUAGGCCAGUGUGGGAUGGGCUUUAAAAUCGCCAUGCAAACUCUGGACAGUGGGCGUAUUGGGAUAGCAUCACAGGCUCUUGGUAUUGCCCAGGCAUCUCUGGACUGUGCUGCUGACUAUGCUCACAAGAGGUCUGCUUUCGGAGCACCAAUUGCAAAGAUGCAAGCCAUACAGUUCAAAUUGGCAGACAUGGCAGUGGCGAUAGAAAGCGCUCGACUUCUUACCUGGAGAGCUGCUCUUUUACGAGACGCGAAGCAACCUUACACCAAGGAGGCUGCAAUGGCAAAGCUUUCUGCCUCUGAAGCAGCAACGUUUGUGUCCCAUCAGGCCAUCCAGGUACUGGGGGGAAUGGGUUAUGUAACAGACAUGCCUGCUGAGAGACACUACCGUGAUGCCCGUAUCACCGAGAUCUACGAGGGAACCAGUGAGAUUCAGAGACUAGUCAUUGCAAAUCAGGUUUUGAAGGAAUAUCAGUAGUAGAAGCUGAUGACAAAAUCACCCUAAACCUAAUGAUUACAUCAGCAUAGCAACUCGUAAAUGUCCUUAGAUAACAACAAUUUAAUGCCUUGGACCUUCAAAUGACAAGUGACUCUAGUACGCUAUUGGUUACUAGAGGCACAAGCUUCAAGGUUACUUUCUUCCUGGGUUGCCCAGAUUGUCAAUGUUGUUUUUUGGAGAUUUGACUGAUGUGGAGGUUGACUGAUCAAGUGCCAGAAGAGGAGUCACGGGAUCCUGUUUAAGUUUCAUAUAGGUGGUGGUGUUCUUACCACAAGAGGGCAGCAAAGUACCUGUGCCCCAUGCCUUGGAUCGUUGGAGCUGAAGAUUACCUCACCAGGAUAUUACUGAAUACUGAGAAAGCCGAAGGACUGUUGCUAUGGCUAGCUCAAAAAAUGUUUGUUCAUUAAUACAUGAAUACAUUAAGAAACUGAUUUUAAUAAAUCACAGCUUAUGGCCUUUGCUUUUUUCACAGGGACUAAUUCCACAUUUGUCAUUUGGAUUUUAUAUAAAAAACAAGGCUAUUUUCAAGUGAAUAUAUGUAGAAUGUCAUUUAAAAUGGCUUGCUGCUGUC